AUGCCUGGAAACGACGCAUUGCGAGCCUUGAGAUGGCUCUCUCGCAGCUCCGGUGGUCUUCUCUCGGGGUCUGAGGCUACAACGCAACGAUGCCUAUCGAAGACUUUCUCGCGAUCGGUAUCCUCCGAAACCCAGACCUCCUCCAACAACUCCGCCUCCAGACCAAUCUGGACCCCGGCGCCCGCUCAAGCCACCACCUACUCCUUCCCCUCCAUGGAGCCAUUGCGUUUUGUCGAAUACCCCCAGAACCAUCUCCUCGUGCCGCUCCGCAAGGACCUGCUCCACCGCGCCGUCGUGUACGAAGGUGACAUGACCCGACAGGGUAGCGCCAGCACCAAGUGGAGGGACGAAGUUCACGCCAGCCACAGGAAGAUUCAGGCACAGAAGGGAUCCGGCCGGGCGCGUGUUGGAGACAAGACCUCGCCGAUUCGUAAGGGUGGUGGUGUUGCCCACGGACCUCACCCCCGUGACUUUUCCACGGGUCUCCCUAAGAAGAUCUACGACCAGGCGUGGCGGAUAGCCCUGAGCUACCGAUACCGUCGCGGCCAGUUGAUCAUCAUCGACAACGAGAUUGCCCUUCCGGAGGGCGCCACCUCGCAUCUGGUCAGCGAGAUAUUCAAAGCCAACGGUUGGGGCCGGGAGUUCGGACGGUCAACAUUAAUCACUGAUCGUGUGGACGAGCAAUUGUUUGAGGCGGUGCGCAACCUGGGCAAGGAUGCUAAGAUCCUGGACCGACAGGAUGUGGAUGUCAAGGAUAUUCUGGAAACGGGACGAUUGAUCAUCGAGAAGAAGGCGCUGGAUACCCUUCUGGCUAUGCAUUCGAGGGACCUGACUGCUAAGGUCGCGAAGGCCUUGUAUUGA